AUGCCAGAACCUGCGAGCUCUUCGGGGUUGUUAGUUCUCCUCGGGCGGAGGAUGUACGGUAUUGCCGAGAAAUUGGUGAAUGAGACGCAACUCACGUCUGUUGGACUGCUUUGUGCGCUUGUAAUGCUACUCACCACCUCGGGAUUUCUCUAUUCCCUUGUCGAACCACGCCGCCUUACGAAACACAUUAUCCUAGAAAGAGAAAUCCCCAGUGCUCGGGAACGCCGCGAGCACUUCUUUUCGCAGCCAAGAGAUCUGAUCAUCAAGGGCUAUCAAAAUUUCAGAGAGGAAAUAUGGGGAAUCGAGUCCUCGGCAGGUGUCCGAUUGCAGCUCCCGGUCGGAUUUCUAGACGAGCUGAAAAGCCAUUCCGCAUUGAGUUUUGAAAAGUUCAUCAGCAGUGAGGGUAUGCUUGAUUAUACGGGCGUGGGUGGUUUAUCGGAUGAUGCCCUCCACAAAUUCAAAUCGAAGUUCAAUCCUACCGUGGGCUCUUACGCCCCCGUGCUGCAUAAUAUCGUCAAGGUGCAAAUGGACAAGAUAUUUCAAAAGCACGAAGACUGGACAGAAGUCAAUAUCAAUGAUGGCAUCAUGGAGAUGGUGAGCAUUCUGUCGGCCAGGGUAUUCACAGGAACUGAAGCGAGCCAAAACGUUGAAUGGCUAGAGUUGGGUCCAAGCUACGUUGCGAAUGUUCUGGUCUAUAUCGAAGCUCUCAAGCGAUGGCCCAAGGUCCUCCGACCUCUUGCGAGGUUUUUCUUACCUCAGCGUCAGCUUAUUCUACGGCAAUGGGAGCAGGCAAAACAGUUUCUGUCUUCUGCUAUUUCUAAACACAAAAUGCAGCAACAGCACAUGAACGACCCUCCUUCACUGAUGGACUACUUCAUCAACGACGAAAGGAUUAGCCUUGAAGAUAUGUUCCGCCUCCAGAUGGCAAUCGUGGUCGCUGGAAUACAUACGACAUCCGCAUCACUUACUCAGUUGCUCUAUGACCUGGCAGCCUAUCCAGAGGGUAUCCCGGAACUGCGUGAACAAAUUAAACAAGUAUACGAGGAAAAUGGUAGAGUAUUCAAUAAGAAGGCGCUCAGCGAACUGAAGAAGCUCGAUAGCUGGAUGAAGGAGAGCCAACGAUUUCGUGCUCCAGAUUUAACCACUUUCCAACGCCUGGCUGUCGAUUCACUGACUCUUUCGAACGGACUAUACAUACCUAGAGGGACAAAGAUGGAGCUUCCCACGACCGCAAUACAAGUGGAUGAUAGAUUGUACGAGGAGCCGCAACUUUUUGAUGGGCUUCGCUUCUACGAAUGCAGGCAGAAAGAGGGCAACGAAAAUAAACACCUUUUCAUCAGUACUGGGAAGCUUGAUCUAGCUUGGGGAUAUGGGCGUCAUGCUUGUCCAGGACGGUUCAUUGCAGACGUUGAGAUCAAACUCGUUAUAGCAGAGUUUCUAUUGCGGUUUGAUAUCCGCAACCCUGUUGGUCAGCCUAGGCACGCGGACUUGGAAUUUGAAUCUAAUCUUCUACCGGACCCGACAAAGACCGUCAUGUUAAAAAUGGUGAAGAAAUAUUAG